AACCGGACCGGUUGGGCCCGUCAUUUAGGCAGCUUAGACCGCGAAUGGUUGCUAGAGUUAACCCAAAAACCCAAGAGGAACGAGAAGGCGUUGAGCAAAGUUUGUUAGGCAGUAAAGAUGGUGAUUUGGAAGGCCCAGCAGGCGUCACGUCCGAGCAUUGUCGGUUUCCCAGCAAUGAACUAUGUCAACCGCCGCGAGAUAGGAAGCGAGACCAACGAGAAGCCGUUCAAUGCACGCCAGACGGGCAAAACGAUGACCAAGUAUGCCGGUUGGUGGUUGUCCUUCAUCCGUUACAUUUGGCGGACCCAUGAGUUGGAGACUGUUGAAGCACAGGAAACAGAGGCGGAUGAGGAAGAGGAUAGGGGUGAGGGAGAGAACAGGGGUGAGGGAGAGAACGGGGAGGGUGGAUCGAAGGGAGUUCGGGGACAGAGGCCGCCGUAUCGAUUGACAGCGAGCCAGAUCUUGUGGCUGUGGAAGAUCAAGCAAGUCGUAGGUGAGGACGAGGAAGAAGCCGAAGCCGAAGCCGAAAGCGAGCGCCAACCGAUCGAAGGCGGAGACAACAACUCGGAGAGUGAAGAGGAAAUGGACGAAGAGGAGGAGGCAUUGUUGGAGGGUCAUGUGUUGGGGCUUUUGCUGUCGUUGUUGGACCAUCAUUUAAAGGACAACGAGUACAAGAGUGCGUUCGUCAGCGCCACAGCAGUCAUGGGGGUAGACAGCGAUCGUGGGUGGAAGGACGCGUUGGCAUACACGCCCAUAAUUUCCGCCGUCGUUACCGUUGCAAAGAUGUUGGUGUUGUACAUGGCGGUGAAGACGCGUCAAGACCGCGUGGCCGAGCUGAUGGAGAAGGAGGGAUUCGCCCAGCAGGACGCCGAAGAGUUGGCUGUAAGCCAUUUUGAUUUGGUUCAGGAGAGCGCCAAUCGUUUCAUGACGCUGACUAGCUACGGCGGCACACCCAGCCCGAUGGAUUGGCUGUUGCGAUUGAGGACGUAUGGCAUGAAGAUUCGGUUCAACACCAACGUGGACGGCGUGAUCGAGUAGGUUAGGGACACAUUGUUGUACGGCCACAUUCGGUUCACAAUGCCCGGUUUGCGGUCGAUGAUCCACGGUUUGGUAGAGACGACACGGUUCGAAUUGCAAAAGCAGUUGAUGUUGCUAGACAUCAACGAGGAUGGUCGGUUAGCAGAAGGGGCCACGCCGUUGCCAGCCAUUGAUUGGGACAGCAUCGUCAACAACCCAGCCGAGAUGAAGGUUGGGUGGAAU